AUGGACUUGCAGCAAAGAAAAGCUCUUGCAAAUGGGGAUCACGUGACCGACAGGCAAAAACAAUGGGCAUCCCUUGGUGCUUGGUUUUUGGGACCCAAAGGAGAAAAUGGGGAAGUGUUUCGGGACCUCUUGACGAAGGCUGUCGAUUCGCAUAUCGGAUUCCGUCACAGGUAAUUUAAAGCAUAGGAGAACACAUGUUGUGUGGCCAGCAAUAAUCAGGUUGUAACGUGUUGUCUUCAUUUAUUUUUCUUAAAUGGGUAAUUUAUUUAUCUUACAGACUUAAAUUUUUUUUUGUUAUUAAUCACUUCAGCCACACCUAUAGUUAUUUGAAAUUGUCGAAACAAGAAGCAUGGCUUAUUUGUAAGCUUUGCGUCAGUAAUCCAAAAGCCUGCGUACAAAGGUCGCCCAAAACGGAGAGGGGACAAAGGAGGCCGUAUAGGAUUCUCCGAAACUGGUAUUUUAAGCAAAUAUAGACACCCUGAAUGGUUUUAUUCAACUUUCAUUCUAAUUAAAACGGCUACCGCGUUUCCCGCAGAAACGACGCUGGUUCACGCACGCUCACUACUUACUUUUGUAUUAAGAAAAUCUCGUCAGCUCGUAAUCGUCCUUUUCUCUAAUUACAAAGAGCUCUUAACUUAUCUAAAAAAACUAAGAGACGUGCCGGUGCUCACAGAUAAAUGGUUUCAAAUCACAAAAGUAUCACAUUUAUUCAUGUCAUACUCACCUCAUCCAAUAAUUGUCCAUUGUGUUCAACAGUUACUUCCCCUGUGAUCCCCCUUACGUCACAGACCAGCUUCGAGAAGCAGGAUCCUUCAACUUUGCCAUGGAGAGGUUAAAAACUGAGAUGGAAAAAUUGCAGGCCGAAUUAAAAAAGUCUGUUCCAUUCUUCAGUUCAAGAUACAAGGUAAAUACAUCAAGAAUUAAUUACUUUCAACCAUCAAUUCAUCUAUUCAUUUCGUUUUUUUUUCUUUUUCCUCAUGAAAAAUAAUAAUAACCGACAUAACGAUAUUGACGAACAUAACGAUAAAGAUAAAGAUAAAAACAAAGCCAUGAUAAUGAUAAUGACAGUGACAAUGACAAUGAUAAUGAUAAUGAUAAAGUUAAUGAUAAUGAUAAUCAUAAUAAUAACGAUAAAGAUAAUGAUAAUGAGAGUAAUAAUGAUAAUGAUAAAGAUAAAGAUAAAGACAAUGAUAUUGGUAAUGACAGUGAUAAUGGUAAUGAUAAAGUUAAUGGUAAUGAUAAUGAUAAUAAUAAUGAUAAUGAUAAUAAUAAUGCUAAUGAUAUUGAUAAUGACGGUGAUAAUGGUAAUGAUAAUGAUAAAGUUAAUGAUGAUGAUAACAAUAAUGAUGAUGAUAAAAAUAAUGAUGAUGAUAAUGACCAUGAAAAUGAUAAAGUUUUGAAAAUGAUAAUGGUGAUGAUAACGACAAAGGUCUUGAAAAUGAUAAUUGAUACUACUACUAGUGCUACUACGGAGCGCGCUCCUAUGCCUAAAGGGAUCGAGAACCCCGAGAAGGAGGAACUUAGAUGUUAAGGACAGGGAUCUAGAAAUAGAGAAGGGUCAAGCAGGACUUCCCUAGACUCAACAGCUAUAGAUGCCUUAUUAAAUGUCUGUAUUUUAUUUUAUUUUAUUUAAACAUUUGAAAGAAACUUUUGAAUUUUAGAGGCUGACAGUUUUUUUUUUAUUGAAAUGAAAUGUUUUUAAUUCGAAUAAAUUUUUCUUAGUUAAGUUAACUUUUUCUAAGCUAAAUUAAGUGUUUUUUAAAUCGACAGGAAUUGUAAAUAGCGUUUUGAAUGAAUAGUUUUUUUCUUUUUUUCAAGCGAAUUAAGGUCUCGGUAAAGGAAAACGAGGUGCCCACAGAAAAAAAUUCUAGUCGCGCGAGUAUUUUCGCUACAAAGGCAAGUUACAUAUCAAAUUAAAGCUAAAAGACUAAAUUACCUUAUAAAAGAUUUUAUUUCAUCGAAUUUCAAAAGGUGCUUAAGUUUUUUGUUCUCGAACUCAGAGGUAUCGAGUUUACUGCUGAAGCUCCAGCCCUUUCGCGUUGUUAAAUAUUCACUUCCUUUUUAUUGCAUCUGAUUGACAGAUACAAGACCUAAAAAAGGGUGUGAGGAAAUUUGCAGAUGUCUCGUGUUAGCGGAAUUAUUGCAUUUCAAACUAAAAAGUCGAAUCUCGAGCGCGAUUUACGCAAAGAAACUGACAUAAAAUGAGUUACAAAGGGAAAUCGGAAAAUUCCUCACACCUUUUUUGAGUCUAUAUCAUUAUCUAUCAUAUCUGAAAGUUUCAAAGCGAUAGCUUAAAACCUGUCCCGACUGGAAGUCGGAGAAUUUUGAUUUUUGCGUCUAAAAUAGAGCGAGAGAAAAUCAGCUCUAAAGAUUUAGCGCGAAGUCCACGCUUGGCUGUUUAGCUCAGAAAAGGCUCAUUUUAGAAGGGUUAAAAAGCACUUUCUGAUUUUCUUUUUCUGCCAAAUUAAAAUUUAGGACCCACUCAUGCCAAAAAUCCAAAAAAAAAAACAAAAUCGAGCAAUGUACUAAAAUUUUCAUUUACCGAGACCUUAAUUGUAAAUAGGAUUUUAAUAUAGUCAGCAUUGUUGUCAAAAAAAUUUUUUCACUACUAAAAAAAACUAGUGCUACUACUAAUAAUGUUUUAUUCAACUUUAAAAAUAUGUGCAUAAUUUACAGAAAUGUUUGAAGUAAGAAUUAAGCAGCAUAUAACAUUAAGAAUUAUAAAAAUCAUAAAAAUACAAUCAAAGUGUCAAUAAUGAUUAACAAAUACAUUCCUGGCCGCUCAGAUGCGAUCAACAACUCUUGCAGGCGGUCCAGCGUUUUAAUAAUAUACAUAUAAUAUUAUACAUAUACUACUACUACUACUACUACUACUACUACUACUACUACUACUAAGAAUAGUUAAUGGCAGAGUUGAUGGAGAUACUGAGGCAGACCCACUUUUCAUGGAAAAAACGGAACAAGCGUUAUUGAUUAUCUAAUAUGUGAUCAGUGUACAUUUCUCAACGUUGCAAAUUUUGUUGUUAAACAGCCAUCUUAUUUAUCGGAUCAUAUUGCCUUCGUGGCGUGGCUCAAUCUUAACACCAGGUUAAUUGGAGACGAAAUGCACACUCCAAAUAGUAGCAAUAGAUUAUCAAAAUUACCACGGCAAUUUUGCUGGGAAGUUGACUCACACUUAAAAUUCAAAAACGCACUGCGCACGGAACCAAUCCAAAUUCUAAUUAGACAAUAUAUGGAGACAAACACCGAAGAUGUGAAUAUCUCCUUAGAAAACACUAUGAAAAUUCUAACUGAGAGCUCCAAGCUAUGCCUAAAAAUUAAAGCUAAGAAAACUUAUAAGCGUAUUAAGAAAUCAUCCAACAAGAAAUGGUUUGACUGUGAAUGUCGCUUGAAAAGGCAUGAAUUACGAAAAGUCUCAAAUGAAAAGCACCGUGACCCCCUGAACUCCGAAGUGCGGGAAAGAUAUCACAAAGCCUUGAAUGAUUACAAAAAGCUCCUAGACACAAAGAAGAGAGGAUUCCACAAAGAAAAAACAUUACAACUCGACGAACUAGCUCUAAAUCCUGACAAGGCGUCAUUUUGGAAUUGUUUAAAUUCGAUGAGCGACACUUUCAACGAAAAUGUUCCUGCCCCAAUCUCGGAAGAAUCAUGGCUUCACCAUUUCAAAUCUCUGCAUUCUAUUGACCCGACGAAUUCCACGCAUGAACAUGAAAUCCAUAGGGAACUAAAUUCUUUAGAACACGAAAAGGAACAGUUUAACCAUCUCGAUUAUGAGAUAACUGAGAGGGAAAUACGUCAAGCGGCGAAGAAAUUGAAAAAUAAGAAAUCACCAUUUGUUGACAAAAUACGAAAUGAAAUGAUCAAAGCAAGCCUCGAACCACUAAUGCCUGUCUAUGUCAAACUUUUUAACCUCAUUUUACAAUCCGGAAAAAUGCCAGAUGUUUGGUGUCAAGGCCUCAUAACCCCAAUUUACAAAUCUGGUGACAAGAGUGAUCCAACAAAUUACAGAGGCAUAUGUGUUUCUAGUUGCCUUGGAAAACUGUUCUGUUCUAUUUUAAAUCGAAGACUUCACUUGUAUUUUGAGGAAAAUAAGAUAUUACAUAAUUCCCAAAUUGGCUUUUUGCCUGAAAACCGCACUGCAGACCAUGUUUUCACUCUAAGGACCCUAAUAGAUAAAUAUGUGCAUUAUCACAAGGAAAAAGUCUACGCUUGUUUCGUAGAUUUCCGCAAAGCGUUUGACUCUGUUUGGCACGAAGGAUUGUUUUAUAAGCUGCUAAAAACGAAUAUAGGGGAAACUUGUACAACCUCAUGAAAAGUCUUUAUUGCAACUCGACAUGUUCCAUCAAAAUCGGUGAAAACAAAACACAGCCUUUUUCAUAUUCCAGAGGUGUACGUCAAGGCUGUAUUUUAAACCCUCUUUUAUUUAACCUCUAUUUAAACAAUCUACCACUUUUAUUCGAAAACACCUUAUCUGACCCAUUUGUUCUCCCAAAUGGGAAAAAAAUAAAUUCACUUUUCUACGCAGAUGAUUUAGUUAUUCUAUCAAGAUCGAAAAUUGGAUUACAGAACUGUUUAAAUGCGCUUUCUUUGUAUUGUGACAAAUGGAAGCUAAAAAUUAAUCCGAAAAGAAAACAAAAAUUAUGAUAUUCCAGAAACGCCCAAAAAAAUCUAUUGACAUCAAAUUCAACAUAGGCAGUGAGUCAAUUGAAAUUGUCCAAGAAUACACUUAUUUAGGUACACGUUUAACUCCAACGGGAAACUUUACACUUGCACUCGAACACUUAAAAGAAAAGGCCCUUCACGCGUUUUCUAGUAUUCGGAAGCGGACAAUUCUUAACAAACUUAAUCCUAAUACUGCGUCCCAAAUUUUUGACACCAUGGUAUUCCCAAUCUUGAGUUACAACAGCGACGUAUGGGGAAUGUACACCAAGCAAGAUUUUAAAAAAUGGGAUAGCUCCCCAAUAGAAAAAAUCCACCUCAAAUUCUGUAAACGUUACUUAGAGGUUAACAAUAAGGCCUCUAACAUAGCCUGCAGAGCUGAACUUGAUAGACUGCCGCUGCUUAUCCCGAUAAAUCAGAAAAUUAUGAAAUAUUUUGUUUACCUCAACAACAAAGAUAAUGACUCUAUAGUCAAACAGUCUUUCCUUAUGUCAAAGAAUCUACAUUCUAUGAAUAAUUCCGGAUAUUUUUCCAAUUUCAUAAACAUGCUUGAACAAUACAAUCUAACCAGUUUAGAUGCUGAAUCUCUAGAUAAUGAUAAAAUUAGACGAUAUACCACAGAAAUGAGAGAGAAAUAUCUAUCUUUUUGGCGGCACAGCCUCGAAAAUUCAAAAAAAAACUAGAAUUUUAUAAAACUUUUAAAGAUGAAUAUUCUACAUCUGAUUAUCUCUACCAACUAAGACAUUAUGACGAACGACAGAAUUUUGUUAAAUUUAAAAUAAGUAAUCACAAACUUAUGAUUGAACAUGGUCGAUACCAAAUCGAUCAUUUGCCAAGAGAAAAUAGAUUAUGUCCUUUAUGUAACUCAAAUCAGGUAGAAGAUGAGAUUCAUUUCCUCUUUCAAUGUAACAAAUACUCAGUACAGAGACAGGCAUUUAUUAAUCAAAUCAAUCGAAUAAUACCUGAAUUUGACAAGAAAUCAUCUCCAGAAAGCAUAAAACUGAUAAUGAAUUCGAAGGAACAUCAUGUAAAUAAGUUAGUUAUGAAGUUUGUUUCCUCCUGCAUGAAAAUACGUGAUUCAUUGUUAGUAAUGUAACCGAAUUUUUCUAGAUUAUUAUUAGUGCUGUUUUGUUUUAUAUUUUGAUUGUCAUAUACAUGCUUUUGCAAUACUGUAAAAUGAUGCGGUCAUGCAAAUAAAGCAAUUUAUUACUAUUACUAUUACCAUUACUACUACUACUACUACUACUACUACUACUACUACUACUACUACUACUACUACUACUACUACUACUACUACUACUACUACUACUACUACUACUACUACUACUACUACUACUACUACUACUACUACUACUACUACUACUACUACUACUACUACUACUACUACUACUACUACUACUACUACUACUACUACUACUACUACUACUACUACUACUACUACUACUACUACUACUACUACUACUGUAAAAUGAUGCGGUCAUGCAAAUAAAGCAAUUUAUUACUAUUAUUACUACUACUACUACUACUACUACUAUUACUAAUAAUAAUAAUAAUAAUAACAAAUAAGUAAAGAACCUGUACCAUUUAAUAGCCAUAGGCUAAGGCUAACAAACUAUUGACCCUUCUAAACUUUUGGCCCUCAUAUUAAAAGGAUAUAUAGCUUUUACAUCUACGCCUUUGUUUAUGAUUAUAUUAUACAAACUAACAACCCGUAUUUCUUUUCCUAAGGGCCACGUUCAAUGGGAGACAGCGAUGCCAGCUAACCUUGGCUACAUGUCUGCAAUGUUGUACAACCAAAACAACUGCGCAUCAGAAUCCUCUCCUGUCACAAGUAAAUACGAAAUGGAGGUGGGCAAAGACCUGUGUGUCAUGGUGGGGUAUGACAGGGACAGAUGUAUGGGACAUCUCACCGCUGGGGGAUCUGUAGCCAACAUUGAAGCAAUUUGGGCGGGAAGAAAUGUGAAGUACUUUCCACUGGGACUACAAGAAGCUUUGCUGAAGGACAAAAGACUUUCUGGUGCCAAAAGUUACAAGGUACGUUUCCCUGUUUUACUUACGUUCUGGUUUAUUUAUCCAUGCACUUUACCUUUUGCAUUGUUUAGGCAUAAUGUGGACGGAUAGAUUUGGUAGACUAUAUAUAUAUAAGAAAAUACCAUUUUCAGUUUGGCCAGACGUGGCAAAUGAACAUUACUUACCGUGGAGAGUGUUAAGAAGGCACAAAGACCAGAAAGAAGAAAACUAAUGGAGUUUCUGCUUUAAAUAACUCUCAUAUGCCAAGUAAACAUCUGCGAUGAAAUUAACUGGAUUGAGUACACAUGGUGUAAAGAUAUUGCAUCGUUUAAAUCACAACCACUUACACUGUAUAACUUAGGUUCUUUUCACUGGAAACCAUUCAUAUCUUUUUUGUUUGAUUUUUUUAUUAUUAUUGAUUUGCUCAACAUUGUAUGUAAGGUUACAAUAUUUUGAUAGUGCUUAAGAAAUAAUUACAAUAUUGAACAGGAAGUCUCAGAAACCUUUCUGGUCUUAUCGAGGAGACUCCCUGUCAGUUUUCAUCAAUUUCAUUUGAUUAUGAUGACAUAGACGAUUUUGGCUAGUAAAUAAGGUUUUACAUCAUCAAUACUAUAUAUGUGCGUACAUCGAAUAUAUAAAUAAAAUAUUACAAAUGUGGCAUCACUGUUUCAUUCUACCUCUUCACUCAUCAGAUGAAUAUUCUCAAAAAGUUUAAAAGAAUAACUUGACCGACCAUCUCUUAUGUCAUCCGUCAAGCUAUUAUAAAUUAUAUCUAACCCCUUGUUUGCAACAGUAAAUUAUCGUACAUUUGUUUUACCCAAGGGCUUAUGUAGACGUUUGUAUAAACGAGUGUUAUGAUCAUGGAUUUCAUUAUUUUUCUUAAAAUUAAAAAUUGGUUAACGCUCCAGGAAGUUGAUUUUGUGAGGACUGAUAUUUUAGACAUUCAACAACAAAUUUAUUCAUCUGUUAAAUAUUGAGAAUAUUAAAUUGUUGAAAUAAAGAUUUCGACAAAUGAUUAUACUUUUUAAAAAACAGCAUGAUCCCGACUAGUUUUUUUCUGCAGCUUAAAAAUCUUGUCUAGAUUCCCUCGACUCUCAAAGUUUGUCUCGCUUCAGACAGAGAAACAUCGAGAUUUUUUUGUUAUAAUAUUAUAAUUAUUAUUUCCUGGCAAAGAGAAGCUAAGAGAAUUAACCAUGUCCCUGUUCGUGAACAGUCAGUGAGUGUUUAGUGACGGAUCCAUAUAUUUUUCUAACUUUAUUUUUUCUCCGGUCAGGUUUUAUUGCCUCAAAGAGGAAAAAGAAGAAGAAUUAAUCAGCGCUUCACAGUGGGAACUCCUUAACCUUGAUGUCGACACUAUCUUACAAAUGCCUUCAGAUGUACAAGCUUUGGCAAGCCUCGAACAUCAUGAAUUUAUGGAAAUAAUGUCGAAGUACCUUUAUGAGUCCAUUGGAACGCAGGAGUUUGUAAGGCGACAUAUGCUAACACAAAGUCCAUGCAUUGUUGUUCCAAGCACAUUACACAUUUCCUUGACGAAAGCAGCCACAAUCCUUGGACUUGGUCGAGAGAGCCUUGUUUCUGUAGCAGUUGACGAAAACUCGCGGAUGGAUCCUAUUGGUUUGUAACAGUUUCUGUCUAGAACCCCCCCACUAACUGUAGGGUGUAUUUAGUUAACAUUAACAAAAUGCGUAUGAACCAACUUGUGAGUUAUAUAUGGAAGUGAAUUACAUUUACUUACUCUUUGCUUGUAAUCGAUCAUCACAGUUGUUUUUCAUUGAAAGAUAACAUUCACUUUUAUGGAAUUUUAGAUUUGAACCGCAUUCUACAAGAAAAAUUGGAUAAGGAAAUUCCAGUCAUAACGGUAGUAGCUGUCACAGGAACAACAGAGCAAGGCGCCGUUGAUCCAGUGACUGCAGUUGUCUAUUCGCGCGAAAAGUUUAGAAUGAAGGUAAGGAUAACUUGAAGUAUAUCUGACUUCAUAUCUGAAAUUUCUUACACUGUCAAAACCAUUGUACUCAUCAUCAUCAUCAUCAUCAUCAUCAUGAUAAUCAUCAUUUCUUUCUUCAUCGUGAUCACUAAGAUCAUCAAUCGUUUUCGGCGAUGUAUUAAUUAUAUAGAUCCUUUUUACCUGGCACCACUUUCCUAAAAUAUUUAUGCCAUAAAUUAGGUAUUACUUUGAAGAAUUGUCUAUUUUAAAAACCCUUGUCUUUAUUUAUAUGAAGGGUCUGAACUUCAGCAUUCACGCGGAUGCAGCCUGGGGAGGAUAUUUCUGUAGUAUGCUGCGCGCGCAGCCGGAGAGCAGUCCUAUGCCGACAGCCAAACAAACAGGAUUUGUUCCAGAAAUGUACCUGAGUUCCUACGUCCACGAACAGUUAUCAGCUCUCCACCAUUGUGAUACAAUCACUGUUGAUCCCCACAAAUCUGGCUUCUGUCCUUAUCCUGGUGGUGCAAUCUGUUAUAGAGACAGAAAGAUGAAUUCAUUUCUGUCAAUCACCAGUAAGGCGCUCUUUUUGCAUGGGAACAUGCUUCUUAAUAAUGUUGGUAUCGAAGGAUCCAAACCUGGGGCAGCUGCUGUAGGGGUCAUGAUGGCAAACAGGGUAACCAUUUAUGAAUCUUUUUCUUUUAGUAUUGUAUUAAAAAAUAGUCUAUAUAAGACAGCCCAAUUAUUACGACUAUUUUUCGACAAAACACCAAGUUAUUUUUCUGGCUCAUGUGUGAUAUCAUCAUAAAAAAAAUAACCAUAGAAUUUGAAUCAAUCUCUUCUGGAAACAAGUGAGCUUGAUGCUUAUAGCACAGUUGUUAUUCUAUGCGUAGGGUGAAAGAAGCAAAGGUUUUCGGUUUCAGAAAUGCACAGAUAUGCGUAUUCUAAGUAAGCUCGAAAUUUGUCAAUAUGGAUGCGAAAACCUCAAUAUGUGUGGCGAAGCCUUUUUCUAACCCUCAGGUCUGGUUGUUCCGCUGGAAACGGAAACAGUAAACAAUUCGAAAAUUUAUCAAAGUCCAUUAAAGCGUAAUUUUUGUACUACAGAAUUUAUGUUUAAAAGAGGGAUUAGUCAACUAUUGUUCUUGCCAGUUGCUUAUAGGAUGAAUAAAGCUUACUUAGUGUUCUUCAAUAUCGUUUUCCUCUUUUCGUAGGUCAUUGGUCUUCACAAACACGGUUAUGGUCGUAUCCUGGCUGAGUGCAUGUUCAACGCAAAGAUUCUGUACUGUCAGUGGGCAACGCUGGCCAAAGAAGACGACAUUUUUGUCAUCAAAACGACGAUUCCUCUACCCAGUUUGACUAACUGGUCAGAGGAGGAUCAUAUUACCUUCAUCAGAGAACGAAUUCUCGCAAAAAGCAACGAAGAAAUUGCUCGGGUAAAUCUUUUAGCUUGUUUAUCGCUGGCGUUUCAUAAGUGGUAUUUUACAAGUCAGAGUUAUUAGUCAAAAGUAAUUAAAUAGUAGGAGGUUUUGUACAGCCCAAUAACGUCAGUCUAAUUACUGUUAAUAACUUUUAUACAUAACUCUGCUGUUGAAUGACUCCCGACAACUAAUUCCUAUUCUAAGAAAACAUACGACAAAACACAUUUUUCACUCUUUCUGAGUGCCUUUCACGACCUUAACUGAUUACCAGUUACAGGUGUAGGUGCGACCAGGCUUUUGCCAGCUAAUCGGAUUUGAGAAAUUUAGGACCAAACGAUCAUUGAUUAAUAGACCGUUUUUAGCUUGUAUCUUUUGUUUUCCAAUUGCAGACCACGUGAUCGUACCUGAGAGAACUGUUUCUUUCAAACGUCGUCCGAUGCACGUGCAUCCACGUGCAUAUGUAUGCAUAAUGUAUGAAAAGACAAAAAGGAAAAUCCCCAGGCGAACAUCAUCACGUGGUCUGAAUAGGGAAAACAAAACUUACAAGCUAAAAUGGUCUAAUGAAAGUUUCAUCAAAGCAGACGUUCCGGGUACUAUUAAAGCCCUUUGUUAUAAAGGGAACAAUAGCACUUUAACUGACGUCACCUUUUGAAUUUGCUUGCGGUGACAAUUUUUUUUCACUUUAUCAUUGACAGCGAGGCAACUCUUUGAUAAAACGUACAGCAGCAAGGUUAAGUACUGUUUUAUCUUGUCUGUCGUCUAGGAUGAUAAAGCUAUGCUUUACCUAAAAGAAGUGGGCCCUGAUACCUUGAUACCGUGUUUCGCUGUAAACCUGAAAGGAAACCAAAGCGUUGAAGUGUGCAAUGCAAUCAACACAGCGAUAUUCGAAAGGCUCACUCACACAUCAGGGGAACAUACAGCGUUUCGCAUCCCAAUGCUUGUUACCUCAUCAAGUAUGGUGUCCCACGUCCACAGUGUUGCAGCCACAAAUUUAAAGACAAGAUUAGGGGUAAGAGAGAACAAAAAGAAUCGAAAUCUGGUAUAACGAGAAACCUUCUCGAUGCCCUUUCCUUUUGGAAAUUCGAUUUAUAUUUUAAAAGAUCACGUGAUAUAUCUAGGACCAUAUAAAUAACUGAAAAUUAUUGAUGGUUUUUCUUGACCACAGCCAUGAAAAGUGAGGCAGAAUUACGCGUGUCUAAACUGCAAUAUGCACUAAUCUACACAUCUUUCUUUCUUUCUUUUUUUCUAUUCAGCUUAACUCAAACAACGACACACCAGUCAAAUAUAUCAUAACAACUUGCAUGGAUCCCUGGGUCACAUCUUUAGAUUUCAUGGACCACGUGUCAUCUGUCAUGAGGAACACUAUUUUGUGCGCAAUUGGAAGGGUAAGGGCUAAUUUACUUUUCAAAAAACCUUUGAUUUUAAAAGGUUGAAUGCCGUUAACACAUCAAUUAUUUAUGAUCAACACUGCUAUUUUCAUCUCUGCUUUAUAUUUAAGGUUACUGAUCCUACUGCCCUCCACAACUUUGUCAGUACGGGAGUUGUCAAUGAACAGAACGAAGUAAUCGCCUGUUAUGUUGGAGAUUUUAACAGAGUGCAGAAGCAGUACGAAGCAAUUGUCAAGUUAAAAUUCAUGCACGACAGGGACGCCGAGAAGUACAUCACUACAGAAAAGAAGUUGUUAAAGGAAAAUGGUGCCCGAAAACCAAUUGUCUUCCGAAGCAAACGGCAAAGACUUCAUGAUGUCUUCUUCAAGGAUACAGGGUACUCUGGUGAAUUGGAGGAGUUCGACUGUUUCAUUGGGUUGCCUUCUGAUAACAGUAACCACCCGUUUAUGAGUCCAAAAAUGAAGAUCAUAGAUGUUCCACGUUACGAACAUUUUGACAACCAUGAAUCUCCUGAGCAAAGUGACUACUUCAUGUACGGUGACAUGAAAAACGUGUUUUUGUUUCACAUCCCUGCCAAGAGUUCCGACUUCUAUCAGGUAACAACGCUCUGUUGA